GCCAGGAAGCGCGGAGCCGGAGCCCCCCGGACCCUUGCAACAGGAGAUGAGAGCGGCGCGUCUGCCCAUCGUGCCGGGACGGUGCUGCUAGCCCCGAGGGGGGCGAGCAGCUCUUCCGCAGGGGUGGGGAAGGGAGAUCACCAUGCUGCCCGGCGUGGGGGUGUUCGGCACCAGCCUCACCACCCGGGUGAUCGUCCCUCUGCUGCAGAGUCAGGGCUUCCCGGUCAAAGCCCUGUGGGGGAGGACGCCAGAGAAAGCCGAGGAGCUGGCCAAGGAGAUGGAUGUGCCCUUCUACACCAACAGGAUCGACGACGUCUUGCUGCACCACGACGUCGACUUAGUUUGCAUCAACCUGCCGCCUCCACUCACCCGCCAGAUCGCCGUGAAGACCUUGGGAAUUGGAAAGAAUGUCAUCUGCGACAGAGCUGCAACUCCUCUGGAUGCAUUUCAGAUGAUGUCAGCUGCACAUUAUUAUCCCAAGCUUAUGAGUAUCAUGGGCAAUGUUCUUCGUUUCCUUCCUGCUUUUGUUAAAAUGAAGCAAAUGAUUCAAGAGGGUUAUGUGGGGGACUUGAUGAUCUGUGAAGUCCAGGUUCACAGUGGAAGUCUCCUGGGUAAGAAGUACAACUGGAGCUGUGAUGACUUGAUGGGUGGUGGAGGACUACAUUCAGUGGGAAGCUACAUUAUUGAUCUUUUGACUUUUCUGACCAGCCAAAAGGCUGUCAAAGUCCACGGCUUCCUGAAAACCUUUGUGAAGCAGACAGAGCACAUAAGAGGGAUCCGCCAGAUCACUAGUGAUGACUUCUGCACCUUUCAGAUGGUCCUAGAAGCUGGUGUGUGCUGUACUGUAACUUUGAAUUUCAACGUCCCUGGAGAUUUCAAGCAGGACAUCAUUGUGGUGGGGUCCACUGGCAGAUUGAUAGUAAGUGGCAGUGAUUUGUAUGGACAGAGAAAUAGUGCAACUCAGAAGGAAUUGAUUCUGGAAGACUCAACUCCUUUAAGCAACGAAUUGCUCCCAGAAAAAGCUUUCAGGGAUUGCCCGAUCCCGUUCCUCAGGGGUACCAUCAUGAUGGUUCAAGCCAUUCGACAGGCAUUCCAAGACCAAGAAGAUCGACGGACCUGGGAUGGGAGACCACUAACUAUGGCAGCAACAUUUGAGGAUUGCUUGUAUGCACUGUCUGUAGUGGACACCAUUAAAAAGUCAAAUGAAACUGGUGAAUGGCAGAACAUUGUGAUCAUGACAGAAGAACCAGAGAUUAGCCCUGCAUAUUUGAUCAGCGAGGCAAUGCGUCGCAGUAGAAUGUCCCUAUUAUACUAACUUUUAA